AGAAACACGCAAAGAGUAGCUCAACAGAAGAACCUUGAAGGCUAUGUGGGAUUUGCAAAUCUCCCAAAUCAAGUAUACAGAAAAUCUGUGAAGAGAGGGUUUGAAUUCACACUUAUGGUAGUAGGUGAAUCUGGAUUGGGAAAGUCAACGUUAAUCAACUCAUUAUUUCUCACAGAUUUGUAUUCUCCAGAGUAUCCAGGUCCUUCCCAUAGAAUAAAAAAGACUGUACAGGUGGAACAAUCCAAAGUUUUAAUCAAAGAAGGUGGUGUUCAGUUGCUGCUCACAAUAGUUGAUACCCCGGGAUUUGGAGAUGCAGUGGAUAAUAGUAAUUGCUGGCAGCCUGUCAUCGACUACAUUGAUAGUAAAUUUGAGGACUACCUAAAUGCAGAAUCUCGAGUGAACAGACGACAAAUGCCUGACAACAGGGUGCAGUGCUGUUUAUAUUUCAUUGCUCCCUCAGGACAUGGACUUAAACCAUUGGAUAUUGAGUUUAUGAAGCGCUUACAUGAAAAAGUGAAUAUCAUCCCACUUAUUGCCAAAGCAGACACACUCACACCAGAGGAGUGCCAACAGUUUAAAAAACAGAUAAUGAAAGAAAUCCAAGAACAUAAAAUUAAAAUAUAUGAAUUUCCUGAAACAGAUGAUGAAGAAGAAAAUAAGCUUGUUAAAAAGAUAAAGGACCGUUUACCUCUUGCUGUGGUGGGUAGUAAUACUAUCAUUGAAGUUAAUGGCAAAAGGGUCAGAGGAAGGCAGUAUCCUUGGGGUGUUGCUGAAGUUGAAAAUGGUGAACAUUGUGAUUUUACAAUUCUGAGAAAUAUGUUGAUAAGAACGCACAUGCAAGACUUGAAAGAUGUCACUAAUAAUGUACACUAUGAGAACUACAGAAGCAGAAAACUGGCAGCUGUGACUUACAACGGAGUUGAUAACAACAAGAAUAAAGGACAACUUACUAAGAGCCCUCUGGCACAGAUGGAGGAAGAAAGAAGGGAGCAUGUAGCCAAGAUGAAGAAGAUGGAGAUGGAGAUGGAGCAGGUGUUUGAGAUGAAGGUCAAAGAAAAAGUUCAGAAACUGAAGGAUUCUGAAGCUGAGCUUCAACGGCGCCAUGAGCAAAUGAAAAAGAAUUUGGAAGCACAGCACAAAGAACUAGAGGAAAAACGUCGUCAGUUUGAAGAUGAGAAAGCAAACUGGGAAGCUCAACAACGUAUAUUAGAACAACAGAACUCUUCGAGAACCUUGGAAAAGAACAAGAAGAAAGGGAAGAUCUUUUAAACCCUCUGUUAACCACCAGUUACGUAUCAGUUGCCAAUAUGCCAGCUUGGACAUCAGUGUUUGUUGGAUCCGUUUGACCAAUUUGCACCAGUUUUAUCCAUAAUGAUGGAUUUAACAGCAUGACAAACUUAUUAUUUUGUUGUUGUUGUUCUUGAUGGAGAUUAAGAUGCCUUGAAUUGUCUAGGGUUGUUGUGUACUUAGAAAGUAACAGCUCUAAGUACCUUUCCUAUGUUUUUCCCUUUUUUUUUUUUUGAAAAAAAAAAA